AUGACGGACACACCAGUGGAGGAAUCCCUCUUCCAAAUCAUCCACUGCUACCACGAGUAUGCUGCCCUGGAAGGGGAUGUGGAGACACUGUCGCUGGAGGAGCUGAAAGCCCUGCUUACGGACAACGUGCCCCGCUUCAUGGAGACCUUGGGCCGGAAGGAGCCGUGCUACAUCACACAGUUGUUCCGGGCGGCAGACAAGAACCAGGACAACCAGAUCUGCUUUGAGGAGUUCCUCUACAUCUUGGGCAAGCUGGUGAAGGACUACCACUUGCAGUACCACCGGCAGCUGUGUGCCCACCACUGCACCCAGCACAGCCUCUACUAG